GAAUCUCAGUAGUGCUGUCACGUUUAGAUGGAUAACAGUAUAAGGAAUAUCGAAGGAAAAGUGAGGAUCGAUGAGAUCCAGAGUUUUUUACCAGAAGUGAAUGAAAUUCUGACAGAUGUCGAUAGUGAGACCCAGUUCCUAUCACAGCAGAGCGAAGAAACCUCUUGCGGGGUUUGGUUCAUGAGAGGGCGAUGGUUACAGAAAUUUGCCAAUAAAAAAGCUUACGUAUUUUUGUAUGGACUACUUGGUUGUGUUUUUUCGGCAGCUUAUGCUUACUUCAACGGGACAAUCACAACGCUCGAGAAAAGGUUCAAGAUUCCUAGUCGUAAUACAGGUAUAAUAUCUGUAGGUAAUGACCUCAGUCAACUACUGGUCUCAGUAAUCCUGAGCUACUAUGCAGGAAGAGGCCACAGACCACGCUGGAUGGCUCUGGGAAUGUACACGGUGGUCUUGUUUUGCCUUCUAACAGCCUUGCCCCACUUCUUGUACGGUGCAGGGGACGAUGCUCUCUCUCUCACUAUGGAAUAUGGAACAAACCCAAAUUCUUCCAUAGAUAAUAUGCUACUACAGGAACAAAAAGAUGUUUGUAGAAAUAAAAGUAGACGGUAUGCCGAGUGUGAACCUACAGAUGGAAAUUACUCUCCCCAGUUGAUACUCUUUGCUGCUCAGUUCAUUUCUGGUAUUGGUGGAUCUCUGUACUAUACUCUUGGCAUAUCCUAUAUGGAUGAUAAUAUCAAGAAGUCAAAAACCCCAGCAUUAUUCAGUGUAUCAUAUUUCCUCAGGAUGCUAGGGCCAGCGAUGGGUUAUGCUUUAGCCUCGCUUUGCCUCAAGUUUUACAUCAAUCCAACUUUAACUCCAACCAUCAACAACCAAGAUCCCAGAUGGUUGGGGGCAUGGUGGUUAGGAUGGAUAAUUUUGGGUGCAGUACUUUUCGUUUUUUCAACUCUGCUAGCACUGUUCCCCAAAACCUUGCCCAGAGCUGCUAUAAGAAAGGAAAAACUGAAGAGGCAGUACUCUAAAGCGUCCUCAGUCAAGCUGGAGCCUGAACCUGAGUUGCCAGUCUCAUUCAAGGAUAUGAUCAAGACAUUCAGGAGGAUUACAAAAAAUCCGACCUUAAUGUCGAACAACUUUGCAGCAGUGUUUUACUUCCUAGGCUACAUGCCAUACUGGAUAUUUUUGCCCAAGUAUAUUGAGACACAGUACAGGCAAUCAGCUUCAGCUUCAAACCUGAUAACUGGAAGUGCUGGUCUUGUGUUUUCUGCAAUAGGAAUUUUGCUUUCUGGGCUGAUUAUAUCGAAGUAUAAGCCUAAAGCUAGAUAUUUGGCUCUUUGGAAUAUCAUUGUUGGUCUCAUUUCUGUUACUGGCAUUGUUUCAUACGCCCAUCUUGGAUGUACUGGUAAUGACAAUAAAGCUCCUCUGUUGCCUACUGGAGAACUGAACCCGGUAUCAAAAUGUAAUUCAGACUGUCACUGCGACUAUAUCAAAUAUAACCCAGUUUGUUCGGAAGAUGGCAAGGCAACGUUUAUAUCCGCAUGUCAUGCUGGUUGCCGACAUGUAAGGAAAGUAAAUGGGUCGAACAUAUUUUCCGAUUGUUCGUGUAUUAGCAGAGAUACAACCCACAAUGCUGAAUGGAUGACAAAAAUCGAAAAGGCGACGUUUCAAAAGGAGACAGAUUCAAUACAAGAUAGCAUUGCUUUUUCGGGAAGCUGUCCCGUGGAUUGUCUACGUCAGUUCUAUAUAUUUCUCUGUGUGGUUUGUAUUUUGAAAUUUAGUGGGGCUACUGGAAGAGCUUCAAAUUUCUUGGUCACAGUGAGGUGCGUGGAAGAGAAAGAUAAACCAGUAGCCAUGGGUCUUGGACUUAUGCUCAUGAGCUUGUGUGCAUUCGUUCCAUCCCCUAUACUCUUCGGUAUAAUUUUAGACAAAGCUUGCCUGGUGUGGGGCAAAACUUGUACUGGAAAUGGCAACUGCUGGUUGUAUAACGGAGAGACCUUGAGGUAUACCAUGAACUAUACAGCAGCAGCUUUUGUACUGAUUGGAACAUUGUUCGACGUUGCAGUAUGGUACUUCGUCAAGGACUUGAAAAUAUUCGAUGAAGAUAUUGAAUUAGAUGAGGACCUCACCUCUGCUGUAAUGUAGAUAAGUGAAUAAAUCAUAAAACUG